UACCAUUAGAACACACGGUGCUGCAAUUCCUCCCUCCAUCCAUCGUCACCAAAAUUCCGUUUCUGUUUCCCAUUACCCGCCACCGCCUUAACGGAUCCUACUUUUUUUGGAGCCAAUUUACAUUUCCCACUGAAAAUGCAGGCCAAAUCCACACAUUCAUCUUUUCGCGAUCGCACACAUGAAUUCCACACAAUCACCCAAACCUUCAAGAAAUCAUUACCAGAAGAAGAAUCAAAUGAACCUACUACCAUUACUUCUUCCAGAUCCGAACAACAACCAAAUUCCGUUGCAAUUCAAUCAGAGUUCAAUCGAAGAGCUUCCAAAAUUGGUUAUGGAAUUCACCAAACCUCUCAAAAGCUUUCCAAACUCGCCAAAUUGGCGAAAAGGACUUCGGUUUUUGAUGAUCCAACUGUCGAAAUUCAAGAGCUAACAAGUAUUAUUAAACAAGAUAUUACUGCACUUAAUUCCGCAGUUGUGGAUCUUCAAUUACUUACCAACUCUAGAAAUGAUUCUACCGACACAACUACUCAUUCCACUACCGUUGUCGAUGAUCUUAAGACUCGAUUGAUGACCACUACCAAAGAAUUUAAAGAUGUUCUCACCAUGAGAACUGAGAAUUUGAAAGAACAUGAGAGUAGAAGACAAUUGUUUACGUCCUCUACCUCUAAGGAUUUGGCAAAUCCAUUCCUACGUCAACGUCCAUUAGCUACAAGGUCGGCUGCUACUGGUACCACUUCUAAUGCCCCCGCACCUCCAUGGGCGAGUGAGUCAUCGUCUUCAUCACAGUUGCUUCAUAAAAAGCAAGAGGAUGGGGAAAGUCAACCAUUGUUACAACAGCAGCAGCAGCAGCAACAGAUAGUUCCAUUACAAGACAGUUACAUGCAAAGCAGAGGAGAAGCUCUUCAGAAUGUUGAGUCCACUAUUCACGAGCUCAGCAACAUUUUUAAUCAACUAGCAACACUUGUUUCUCAUCAAGGAGAGAUCGCCGUCAGGAUUGAUGAGAACAUGGAUGAUACAGUAGCUAAUGUAGAGGGGGCACAAGCCUCCUUGUUGAAGUAUCUCAAUAGCAUAUCUUCUAAUAGGUGGUUGAUGAUCAAGAUUUUCUUUAUAUUGAUACUUUUCCUUAUGGUUUUCUUAUUUUUUGUGGCAUAGUCAUUGGAGAAAUGAAAGGACACAAGUGGCGGCUUUCUUACUGGUGUAAGCCUUGUGUAUAUUUAAUAUUCAUUUCAGAAUAGGGUAUCUUAGGGACCAACACUGUCUAAAUUUAUACUUGUACAGUAUUUAUAAUUGAUUAUUUGAUACAACGAGGUUAAAAACGACUAUUAUUGUACCGUUUC